UAGAUAAAUUCUUACACUAGCAAUUAUGCCCUCAACCUUACUGAAUUCUUCUUGAAGUAUAUAUUUUUCUCACUAUCAUCAUCAACAUAAUAAUAUUUAAAUGAGGAAGUUUUCAAUACUUUUAGGAAAUAAACAUAAUGUCAGAUAUUUCUACUUUCUAUAAAUAUAUAAACAGGAUGUGAUGGAUCACAACUUUCUGAAUCAAAAAUCAAUGCACUUUUAGUGUAUCUAAUAUAACUGUGGAUCAUGUGACCAGGAACUGUACAUUACUGCAUAAUAGACUGCACUGAACACAGUUCUGUAGACGAGGAAUCUGUUUGCUGUAACAUAAGGGGAAUUCGAAGAGAGCCCGAAAAAGUCCAUUUGAAGUUGCACGAUACAUCGACUUUCAUUAUACAGAGCCAUGAAUGACGGUGUGCCGUACAUCUCCCAAAACAAGGAAGACGGCAUAUCGUGCAUCUACCACCCCGAGCUGAGAUACACGAGGUACUGCUUACAGUGUAAUGUUCCCAUCUGUAGUAACUGUGCCACUGAAAAUCACCGGAACCACAAUGUGGCCGACAAAGCAGAAAUGGAGAGCAUCAUGCGAGUGAAGAGAAGAGAAAUGGAGGAGGACAAUACAGAAAUUGAGGAGAUUCUGAUUCCACAGUUACAGAGGGAGGACGCACACGUGGAGGAUCACAUUUCUAAAAUCUUCAUCCAGUACGAAGCUUUGGAGGAAACUGUCGAUUGUUUCAGAAAUGAAUGGCAUCAGGAAGUGGACAAAAUAUUUGACCAGUUUCACAAAGAAAUACAAAAUACAAAGGACGAUGAUAUUGCUAUGUUGAAAAAUAUUCAAUUAAGGAUAAGAAAAACCCUUCUAGAUAUACCACAGAUCAUUCAUCUUAACACUGAGGUAUUAGAAUCGGGAAACAACUCAAAUGAAAUCAUUCAGUACAAAUCAAAACUGACAACCCUAAAAAAUAGUCUUCCUAAAUUUGAAAUGGGGGUGCCAACAUUCACUACCCCUCCCAUACAGGUAGGGCAGGGUCUGUGCGUUGAGUUUGGAGAAAUUAGAUCAUCUCUUAUAGUCAUGAAUUCUUUUGAUACCAUGACUAACACCGAAGGACAACCCACAAAGAAAUUCCUCGAGAGGGUAGUAAUCAAAGCUGAUUUCUCUUCUGGUGUCAAAAAUCUUCAUCGUAUGGUUUACAACGGCCGGAAUGAAAUUUGGCUCAGUGGGAAGGGGGGCACCAUCAGGCAUAUGAAUAUUCAUGGAAUAGAUUUAGAAACUCUCGAAGCUUUAAACACCAAGUUCCAGGACAUUUCUGCGACUUUGGAAGGAGAGGUGAUAUACAGCGAUUAUCUGAACAGGUGUGUGAACAUUGUCAAAGGUACUCAAACAGAAGUUCUAUUGGAGACACCACCUGGCUGGCACCCUCAAGGAAUAUUGCAAACUGAUGUUGGUCACCUCCUAAUAACACUGAGGACAGCAGGAGAUAGUCGCUGCAAAAUUGUCCGAUACAAAGGGCAGAAUAUGGUCCAAGAAAUUCAAUACGACAAGAAUAGAAAGCCUCUUUUCAGCAGUGGAUACAAGUGUGUGUUCCUAGCAGAAAAUAAAAACGGUGAUAUAUGUGCCUCAGAUACCAAUUCAAAUUCAUUGGUUGUGGUGGACAAGAUGGGUGACUUUCGCUUUCAGUACCACUGUGAUCCGGCUCUGCGGAGGAAACCAUUUGUCCCUGAUCAAAUCGUGACGGAUUCUUUGUGUCAGAUCAUUGUGACUGAUUAUGUUAACAGCUGUCUACAUAUAUUCCACAGAGAUGGGCAGUACCUGAGAUGUGCCAGUCACCCCGACAUUGACCUGCCCACAGCUCUAACUAUCGACAAAGAAGACAGGCUGUGGGUCGGUCUGUACGUGUCAGGAAAUGUUAAGGUCAUGCAAUAUAUGAAAUGAACUGUAAAUGUACAUCAUCCAUUUUGAUGUCAUAAAUUGUUAAAUAAGUAGGUAUUGUUUGUCCUUCUCAAGAGCAGGAAAUCAAAUUAUUUCAUGGAACUGUAACAUGAGAUAUUUCCCCGAUACAACAUAAACAGGAUACACAGGAAACAUAAAAUUACACAAGCUAGGUAUGAAUAUUUCACAACAAGUAUUUAUACUUAUAGAGAUAAUGAAUCUAGAACGCGCCGAGCACGUAAUACUCAACAUGAUUGAUCUGUAAGUGUGCCAUAACGAUAUAAAUGUGCUGAGUGCUAGGCUAACUUAAUUUGGCAACAAUAUAUACAUAUAGGGAAUAAAAAUGAUAAGAUUACUUGAAAUUUCCAUUUAAAACAAAAAAAAGUUCUUAAUUGCUGUUAAUAGAAACUGGCAGACAUUGUAAGUGUAUUGGAUUGAAACAUAAAAUUACACAAGCUAGGUAUGAAUAUUUCACAACAAGUAUUUAUACUUAUAGAGAUAAUGAAUCUAGAACGCGCCGAGCACGUAAUACUCAACAUGAUUGAUCUGUAAGUGUGACAUAACGAUAUAAAUGUGCUGAGUGCUAGGCUAACUUAAUUUGGCAACAAUAUAUACAUAUAGGGAAUAAAAAUGAAAAGAUUACUUGAAAUUUCCAUUUAAAACAAAAAAAAGUUCUUAAUUGCUGUUAAUAGAAACUGGCAGACAUUGUAAGUGUAUUGGAUUGAAUAAAACCACUUCAAUCUGUUA